AUGUCGAGUCCAAAUCGUAACGCGAACCUCCCGGAUGGGGCUUUCAUCACGACUUUCAAUGGCAAGAGGUGUACGGCGAGGCCGAGGAACGGGAAUAAGUCAAAAUCAAACAACCAGCAACGUGCCUCGACGAGUACGUCUCACUCGACAUCGACAUCACACUCGACGACCCGAUCGACACCGCCGCCGCAAGUGAGCUCAUCACCGCCGCCGCCUCCAGCAGUAGCAACUCUUGCUCCUGCUCCUCCGCCGCCGCCGCCUCCACCACCGCAAACAACACCACCGCCGCCACCACCACCUCCAGCUGUUUUGACAACUAGUUCAGCGAGUACGACGAGCUCCUCAUUACCUCCUCCUCCUCCUCCCCCUCCCCCUCCUCCAGUAGUGAAUACCCCCUCUUCAAAUCCACUGCCUCUACAGCAGACACAAGCGCCGCCUGCUCCAGUCGUAUCGAGUCCUCCACCACCACCCCCGCCGCCGCCGGUUCCAGCAGUAUCAACGUCUUCUCAGCCUCCCAUUGUUGACGCUGAACCGCCGGCGACGAUCCCUACUUUUCAAAAUAUUCCCAAUAUUCCUGUGCAGAGUUCUCCUCCUACUCCCGCCCAGAUCUUUCCCCCCGCCUCAUCUUUUUCUUCUUCUUCAAUACCUGCCCCAGUCGUGUUGCCACCCGUUCCAGUAACCAGCCAGACUGAUGCCAACGCAGUCCCAACACCAACACCUUCUCAAGCGCCCCCCGCGUUUUUCAGCAAUAUCAGCCCAUCACCCUCAUCCACGAGCAGCGCAGGAGCAGGCGCUGGAGCUAUCGCGCCUUCGCCGCCCUUGAAUCCGGGUACUGCCGCAGGUGAGGCAGGGACGGGGAACGAUGCUCCCUCCACCAGUCAAGCUCCUGCUUCGAGCAGCAGAUCGGGGGGCGUGGCUACUCCUGUUGUGAUUGCUUCGAGUGUUGUUGGUGCUGUGGCGGUAAUUGGCUUGUUUGGCUUCCUGCUUUGGUUCUGGCGCAAGAGGUUGCUCAAGAAGCGUCGGAGCACGCUUCUUACUCCGUUGUCCACGGAUCCCAGCUUCAGGGAAAAGUCGUCAUAUGUCAUUGACAGAGGAUCUCUGGGCCCAACACCGCGCUCAGCAAAGCUCAAGGCCGCGCUUGGCUACAACUUCCAGAGAUUCCGUGGCCAGUUCGGUGGAUUGGUCUCGCGCAACCGGGAUAGCGGCUCGACUAACGAUCGCGCUCAGUUCAUGAACAUUUCCCAGCACAGCCGAAACAGCUCGUCUCUAUCAAAUCAUGGUGGACCGCGAGACGUCGUGACUACAAAGGAUCGAGUCAAGGAUUGGUGGGAACGGUUGACGGCUGAUAUGAAGUUCAACUGGCGACUCCGCGGCGACCGGAAUGCCGAAAAGGACCCGUUCGCCUCAGCUCGCAACAUGAGCGAUAGGAAAGCGGCCGCGCCAGGACAACCCGACUUUUUGACGCUUUUGGGUAUGGACGACAGAGAGGUUGAACGGGAAGCUCAGAGGAGGCGAGUGAGCCGGAACCAAGGCAGUGCCGGCUCCGCCGAUCACUUCCUUGGUGGCCUGGGAUUGAACUUUGACAACGCUUCCGCCGACCCCUUUUCUGAUAUCAACGCGUUACCUCACAACUCGGCGAAGCCGGCGCCGCUCGCCGUGGCCAACCCGGGCAACGGCAACGGCAACAACCCCUUCUCCGAUGCCAAUGCCAUUUCAGCACCCGCCGCCGCAAGAAAACCGUCGUCGACGUACGUCGCUGAUGUACGCCGGUCAAGAGGAACCUCUGUUGGCGGUACCACAACCAGACCCCCUAGCGGCUCAACCUACUCUCCGCGCCUGGAUUCUAUGUACCGAGACUCGAUGCAGAGCGUGGAGAGCUUCGCAACGAGGCGGAACAAGUUCCGAUCUGAUCCGUUUGAUCUGGAAAGACCCGAACUACUGGGCAGCAGUCUCGGUAGCAGCAGCGGUGGCCGGUUGACGCAAGCCAGCAGCAACUACAGCCAAGGCGGCGGGGGCGCACCCCGCGUACCUGGCAAUGCUCACACGCGUGCGGACAGCUUCAGCUCAAAGUACAGCAGCGGUGUGAGCAUGGACGGCUGGAGUGAUCCCGGGCCGGACGUCGGGCCUUCAAGCGGACCUGGCUAUCGCAACGAGGGUGCCGAGAGCCCAGUUGCGGGUUACAGGGCCGGAGAGCAGAAGAAGAAUGUCGUGAGGAGACCCAGUGGAGGAAGCCAGAACAGCGUCGGCAAGGCGUUGUAA